AUGGGGACCCCUUCGCAGGGCUCGGCGGCCGUGGCGGCGGCCCGGGUCGACCUCUGCGCGCUCGACCUCAUGCCCGUCUUUGCCAAGGAGAUGAUCGCCGGCGGCGUCGCCGGCGCCUUCUCCAAGACCGCCAUCGCGCCGCUCGAGCGCGUCAAGAUAUUACUGCAGACCAGAACAAAUGAGUUUGGGUCUCUUGGAGUUCUCAAAUCAUUGAAGAAACUGAGACAACUUGAUGGAGUCAUGGGCUUUUACAAAGGAAAUGGUGCCAGUGUGCUGAGAAUUGUUCCUUAUGCUGCAUUACAUUACAUGGCAUAUGAGCGGGCCUUUAGUAGAUCUUUUAGCUGGUUCAGCAUCAGGGGGACUGCUGUAUUGUGCACUUAUCCCUUGGAUUUGGCCCGGACUAAGCUUGCCUUCCAGGUCAAUAGUUCAGACCAAUUCAGCAGAGCUUUGAAAAGGGGAAGUCCUCAGCCAGCAUAUGGAGGAAUAAUUGAUGUCUUUAGAGGUGUUUACUCAGAAGGUGGAGCGCGGGCUCUUUACCGAGGUGUAGGUCCAACGCUCAUGGGGAUACUUCCUUAUGCUGGUCUGAAGUUCUACAUAUAUGAAGGACUGAAGGCACAUGUACCAGAAGAUUACAAAAGUUCGGUAACAUUGAAGCUGACAUGUGGUGCUGCUGCUGGUUUAUUUGGACAGACUCUUACUUAUCCUUUAGAUGUUGUCAGGAGGCAGAUGCAGGUUCAGAGUCAGCAACAACAUGAACAAUUUGGUGGGCCACGAAUAACGGGCACAUUCCAGGGUCUUAUGUCCAUUAAACAAACACAGGGUUGGAGACAAUUAUUUGCUGGCCUGAGCCUCAAUUACAUCAAGGUGGUGCCCUCAGUGGCCAUUGGUUUCACCGCAUAUGACACCAUGAAGCAUUUGCUGAAGAUACCUCCAAGAGAGAAGAAGAGGUCUGGGCAUGCCCCUGCUUGA